AGAUGGGCUAAGUUGGUAUUGAAAGUGUCAGGUUCCUGAAGCCCAAAACUUGCCAAGCUCUGCUCAAGCUUCCUCUGUGGGCAAAACCCAAAUUUUAAAUCUUUGUCAAUUCCUACCAGAGGCCAUCCCCACAUCCAUUCCCAAACAACACCCAAUCUCAAUCCGCAAAGGAAACGAACGAAACCUCUCUCUUUCCUUCUUAUCGAUUAUCUCCAGCUCCCAAUCUCACAGAGAAAAACAAUGUCACUAACAAUGUCCCUCACAUCCUCACUCAACUCUCUCACUCUCUCCACUCCUUUCCUCCAUGGAACAACCCCGCUCUCUCGCUUCUCAAAACCCACUUCGUCUCUGUCCCUCCAACCCCCUAAACCCUUCUCUUUUCUCCCUUCAAUCAGGGCCAUGAGGUCAAUGCAAGGCAGAGUGGUUUGUGCAACUAAUGAUAAGACUGUGUCUGUCGAGGUAACCCGGUUGGCCCCGCAUCCCAAGUAUAAGAGAAGGGUGAGGAAGAAGAAGAAGUUCCAGGCUCAUGACCCGGAGAACCAGUUCAAGGUUGGUGAUUUUGUCCAGCUGGAAAAGAGCAAACCCAUUAGCAAGACCAAGGCUUUUAUUGCUAUCCCAGUACCGCCUAGGAAGAAGAAGGAAAAUAAAGAGAAUGGAGAGGGAACGGUGCCUCGGGAACUUGGAAUUCCGCUGGAGUCUCAACAAGAACAGAAAGCUUAACGUGAUUCCUAUGGUGAUGAAAUUGUGUUUCUUUUGUGAAGUUUUUGGAUGUAAUUUGAUGUUUAAACCGUGAUGAUAUCUGGAUUUUAGUGUAAUUUAAUGGUCGUGAAUUUGCUUGAUA